GUCGCCUUCUUCAACCCCUCCUUCACAAAUAAAUAUCCUUUUCUUAAUUUCCUAUUACAUUUUCUUUCUUUCUUUUCUUUCACUUCAGUCUGCAACACACUACUUCUUUAACCGUCAGUGCCGAACUUCGCAUCUUGAUCUUCCGAUUCAGAAACACCUUACUCACUCAACAUUCUCUUCUCCACCAUGCUGGAUGGACUACUCGGAAAAACCUUCGCCGCUAAAUGUAAACCGUUACUCAAAUUAACCAAGAAUCGGAUUGAAGUCAUAAGGAGGAAGAGAAGAGCCACCGAGAAGUUUCUCAAGAAAGAUGUUGCUGAUCUUUUGCACAGCGGUCUUGAUAUCAAUGCCUACGGAAGGGCGGAAGGACUCUUGGUUGAGUUGAUGCUCUCAUCUUGUUAUGGUUUUGUGGAGAAAUCCUGUGAGCUUGUGUUGAAGCAUCUAUCAGUCAUGCAGAAAAUAAGUGGCUGCCCUGAAGAAUGUAGGGUGGCAGUAUCAUCUUUGAUGUUUGCAGCUGCAAGAUUUUCCGAUUUACCAGAGUUACGUGACCUUAGGCAAAUAUUUCAGGACAGAUAUGGGAAUUCCAUUGAAUGUUUUGUCAAUAAAGAGUUUGCUGCAAAUUUGAACUCAAAGUCUUCUUCUACAUUGGAGAAGAAGGUCUGCUUGAUGCAAGAAAUUGCAUCAGAAUUUUCAAUAAACUGGGACUCCAAGUCUUUCGAACUAAGGAUGUCAAAACCGUCUGCAUUUGCACAGGACCGGAGCGCUAUAAUAUGUAACAAUUUGUUUGAUUAUGAUAAAUCAUCAUCAUUCAGCAAGGAUUUUAACCAGAAUGAUGUUAUGUUGGAGAAUCACAAGGAAGAUGUUAUCCCAAAUAUAGAUUAUCAUGAUCUUCAGCAUCAGUUCUCUGUCCUCGGAAAAGGAUUCAAGCCACUAAAUGGUUGUGAAGUUCUUGGGCAAAAGGAUGGUCAUGAUAAUUCUUUAACAGGAAGGGAGGAGGUUACUGCUACGAAGACUGAUAGAAGCUAUAGGAAGGAGGGUAGUAUUCUAAAACCACUUGGACAAUCAUUUCAGGAGAAAACAUUGGAACAAUUUGAAGAUGGUUCCAAGCUGCAUGACAGUUUGGGGAAAACGACUCCAAGAAAAAGCCCAGACACUACAACUUCUACUCGAAUAGGAUCACGUUUCAGGAGUAAUGCGGAGCAAACAUGUGCUGAUAAAUCUGAGAGAAAAGUUCAAAAUGAUGAAAUGCCUAUGCAAAAGCCUUGCUUUAGUAAUGUCAUUCCACCUCCAUAUGUUAAACAUAUUUCUAAGCAUCAGAACAAAACAUGUGGAGUCAAUAAUGUAUCUUCACAUACUGACAGUGACGGUUUCUUUACAUGUCCUUCGGUUCAUGAAAACUCUGAUGCUGCUCCCAUGUCAGGAAGGAUCCAAAUUGGUUCGAAUGAAUCUGACCUUAAUUGGAAGGCAAGUAGUAGACACAAGAGACUGAGCAAACAGAGUCCUAAAAAUGAAUACUAUUUUCCUGAAGAUGCUAAAGAAAUCCCUAUGGUAAAACCAAAAUCUACAAGGAGGAAGCACUCAAGAUCACGAUCUAGUCACUAUGAUGCCCCUAAUGUAGAUACUGAACUUGUGAGAAAAGCAAGAAGCAGAAGUAGGAGACGAGGUGAAUCAAGACGUGGUCAGCCAAAUUUGUUUGAGGAUGAGAGGCAUCAAAAGGCUGAAGAGGAAAGAGUAAUAGAUAAGUUACUGAUUCAUUAUAGCAAUAAACCGUCUAUUCUAGUGCCUGAAAUAGUAAGAAAAAAGUCAAACAGUCAUCAUGAACAUAACAUGGGCAAUUCAACGAAGGAACUAAUGCAGAAUGGAAGUGGAGAUGGAUCUGAUGAGACACCAGAGAUGGUUACUCUUGCCCUACGAUCAGUUUCUCUUCCUCGCGAACAAACUAGAGUAUUAGAAGCUAAGAAAGAAUUUGUCCGUGCUGUUUCUUUUCAGCCAAAUAGGCAUGUGCAUCCCAAGCUACCUGAUUAUGAUGAUUUAGCAACUAGGCUUGCUUCCUUAAGAGGAUCAUAAGGUAAAGUACAGAAACACAGUAAAUGCUCCUCCCUCAUCAGUAUGAUUGCAUUUAUUAUGAUUAUCACACACACUUUAGUCUAAUAUACACCCGGUGGCGCUUUUAUUGCAAAUUGUUUACUUUUUUGGAUAUGUCCCACUACUAUAGGGUACACACAAUAUCAAUUCAUUUUUUCAAUUCAUGAUUGUAAAAGUAGCUAUAAGUCAUAACAAAAAUUGACAGUGUUCCUACACACUUUGAGUUGAGGCGGAAAGGAUAUUGAGAUGGGCACUAUUGCUACAGAGCUCUUGCUCAUCCCUUAUCCUUUCCUCCUUUCAUUGUACAAUGUUACUAGUGUAUUUAAACAUAUGUUAUUUUAUAGUA